CGUCACACAACGCCCUAAUCGGUCGUGAUUUCGUUCUCUCCAACUCCAGCUCUCCUCAGUUUCCUCUGUCGAUCAACAAUGCUGCACAGCAAGCUGAUGACGAAGUGUCCGUUCCUCGGUCGCGUCUCGCGCGACUUCCUCAAACACUGCGGACAAUCUCUUCGCAUUUUCUCCUCGAAAUGUCCCGUGAUGAGCAGCGUCCUGCGCGAAACGACAAGUGCGACACCAGCUGGUGUUGCUGGUGGGUCGGCGGGUAUAAACUCACAUCAACCGAAGAAAAAUUGCCCUUUCCAUGCCAGUUCGUUUCCUUGUCGUCGUGACUGUGUCUCUCCAAGUGGCAACCACUGCACACUCGACUUCACUAAUCCCAUGGUGGAGCAGGUGUCUGUGGGCGCCGGAGGUGCUGCUGGUGCUGAUGCAAAACUGGGAGUAAAAUCUAAGGCGUCGAGUUGUCCGUUUUCUCACAUGUUUGAGACGGUGCAAGACAAGGAAAAAGUCACUGUGGCUCAGAUGGAAGAGAAGAGAGCCAACUCGCCAGUUGAUUGGCAGAAAAACGUUGGUGUGUUUGACUACAACGGCUUGUUUGCAGCCAAGCUUGACGAGAAGAGAAAGGACAACAGCUACAGGGUGUUCAAGACCGUCCAGCGGUUGGCACAGAACUACCCAAAGGCGGAAAAUUAUUAUACGUCAGAGGAUGGGAAGACCCGUGAGAUGCAGGAGGUCACCAUUUGGUGUGCAAACGAUUACCUUGGAAUGAGUCGUCAUCCGGACGUUCUUAAAGCUGCAAGAGAAACACUGGAGAAGUAUGGCGUCGGAGCUGGCGGCACACGAAACAUCUCCGGCAACGGCAUCCUCCACGAAGCUCUCGAAGCGUCUCUUGCCGAACUCCACCGCAAGGAUGCCGCCCUCCUCUUCACCUCGUGCUUCAACGCCAAUGACACGACACUCGCCGUGUUGGGCAAAUACCUUCCCAACAUGAUCUACUUCUCAGACAAGGGAAAUCAUCGUUCAAUGAUCGACGGCGUGCGCCACAGCGGAGCGAAGAAACAAAUCUUCCGUCACAACGACGUCCAACACUUGGAGGAGCUACUACAAGCGGCCAAUCCCUCAACCCCGAAGAUCGUCGCGUUCGAGACGGUCUACUCGAUGGCGGGAACGAUCUCGCCACUCAGAGAAAUGUGUGAUGUCGCGCAUAAGUACGGAGCUCUCACGUUUGUUGAUGAAGUCCACGCCGUUGGACUCUACGGCCACCGCGGUGCAGGCGUGGCCGAGGAGCUUGGCCUUAUGGAUCACGUUGAUAUCGUUUCAGGGACGCUCGGGAAGGCAUUUGGCGUUCACGGUGGGUACAUCGCGUCGUCAAACAAUCUGGUGGAUAUGGUUCGUAGUUUCGGUGCCGGGUUUAUAUUCACGACGUCUAUGCCGCCUAUUAAUGCGGCCGCCGCCCUCACGUCAAUUCAAAUCUUGAAGGGAGACGAAGGGCGGACGCUGAGAGCCGGACAUCGAGAGUCGGUGAAGAAAGUCAAGGAGAUGCUGAUCCGUGAGGGAAUACCCAUCGGGUGCGCACCAAGUCACAUAAUUCCAAUCGAGGUGAAUAAUGCGAAGGCUUGUCAGGCCGUGUGUGACGAUCUCCUCAACGAGCAGGGAAUCUACGUGCAAGCCAUCAACUACCCGACCGUCGACGUUGGGCAAGAGAAGCUCCGUGUCACUCCAUCACCACAUCACACAAACCAAAUGAUCAACCAGUUCGUUGGCUCCAUUCUAACCGUGUGGAAAAAGCACAACCUGCCGCUCAUUCCUGAAGCAGAACGUGAUCCGUCGGCUGCCCAUCAUUUGUCUCAUUUCCUGGAGACUCAGGCUGACAACAGAGCUUGGGUUGAGCCACAUUUGAAUUUAGUGCGGCAGCCGAUGUCGGCCUGAUGAAUUUGACUUGAACUGAUUGACUGAUGUGAUUGUUUCUGUCGCUGUCGUCUGAAUUUGGAGUAUAGAGACGUGUUAGUCAUUCUUGUAUUGUAAGUUAUGAGGAUUUGUUGAAGAGAAUUUAAUGUUGAUGAAUGUC